AUGCUUGGUGGUUGCAGAGAGUUUGUAAUUGGUGGUUUCUUGUUUUCAUCCUUGACCAGUGGAUAUACUGUAGUGAUAGCUGCCUGGCUUUGCGGUGUGGGAGCUGGACUGCCCAUUGGUCGUCUGGGUGGUCGUGUUCAGACCCUACUGUCUGUCAUCCCACGUCGUCCUGCUGGAGGUAUCUCCACGUUUGGUAAACAUUUUGUCCUGGCCUACCCAGGCUACAACACACCGCUGCCUAACGCCGUCAACUUGCGUCUUCUGCUCUAUACAUACAACGUUGAAGAGUUUUAUGUCACUGUUAGCAGACGUGGGUCAGACUGGGAGGACCAGGCAGACUUCCUCAUCUCAAGUGGGCAACAUUACACUGUAUACGAGGAGAACGAUUUCGUUGGGUUCGAACCUAUCGCACAAACUCGAUGGACCAACACCCUGAAAGCAGCUUACACUUUCUCGUGCCUCGUCUACGCCUUCAUUCCAAAGCUGUACAACAUUGUGGCCUAUUUUCAGGCCGUCCCAGUCGAGGGCUGGGGAAGACGUUACACAGUCAUAACACCAAGUUUCAGGCCGUCAAUUCAGAUAGUCAAUGGGCCUAUGAAUCAGUCCAUUACACUAUAUCCCAACGAAGCUGGCAAAACAGAACUCACUAAAUAUUUCAAAGAUAGAGAUGGAUAUUUUAAACAUUCAUUCGUUUUUCAUUUAGACAGUGAGGAGGCAUUAAGCAUUCAGCUUUGCACCGGAGAAUUACUGCAUAACACAUUAACAGGGACUCACCUUCAGGCGAAUGAUGUAUUUGGGGUGAUCUCAGGGAACUGUUUCGACUACGCCUCUGAUACAAGAGCAUCCAAACCUGAAUGUGUUCCUGACAUAGCUCUUGAAAUGCAGUUGCCAGAGUCAGCCUUUGCUACCAGCUUCAUCGUGGACCAGCCAUUCAAAUGGGCGGGAACUCUAGAAAUUGUAUUUAGUACUCCCACCCAGGUGACCAUCCUUGGUCCGUCUUUAAACACAACAUUUGUCAGCAAUAGGUUUCACUAUUCCAAGCGUUUCACACACAAUAUAGUUGGCCUUCACAGUGUUAAGGCGGACAUGCCCAUUCUGGUGGCUCUGUUGGCCAGUGGCGAGUGCACCAGCAAGGCAGUGGGAGAAAUGUCUGUCAGCCUGUUUGUACCUACAGGAUUAUUUUUGGAUACCUACUUCUGGGUAACUGAGGCCGAGUCAACAUUUCAACACUAUGUCUUUGUGAUUUGUACAACUCUUCAACUUGAGGAUAUAAAAUUGGACGGCAUCCCGUUGCGUAGACCUAGAAACAUAUCUCUCUCUCCACCUUCGCCACCACCUGUUGAUGAGUACAUGUCUAACAGCGUACACGUGAAACCAGGUCCACAUCAGCUGUACGGUGUCAACGUCUUCCGAUUUGCUGCCUAUCUCUUUGGCCUAGACGAGACGCACUCCACUCUUGUAAAUUUCUACAUGAUGCCAGCUGGCUUUGUGUCAAAACCAGGAGGACCGGCCACGUGCUCUCCGACAACCAAUCAAACAAAAGGAGAUCUCAUUGACAAUGACUGUGACGGCUACGUCGAUGAAGAGAAGCGAGACGGUCAAGAUAAUGAUGGUGAUGAUAGGAUUGAUGAGGAUAUAGGCGCAUCUCGAUUAACCAAUGGCGCAUGGUCCCCAUGGAGCGAGUGGUUUUGUGAUAGUGACUUUGCCAGUUACAAGGAACGUUUUAGAACGUGCGACAACCCCCCUCCUUUUAAUGGUGGGUUCAAAUGCUUUGGAGAUAGUGUGGACUCGGAACUCGCCAACUGCUAUGAUGUACGCAGAGCCGCUGUGGACGGAGGCUGGUCUAUCAUCAAGGCUGAGUGUAUUGACUGCAAAAAUGGUUCUGACCUCGCUAACGUUACGAGACUCUGUAACAACCCAGCACCUCGCAACGGAGGAAAAAACUGCACAGGCAGAAGCUCUGUGAUUAUGAGACACCCAUUGUGUGAAAGUUGUCUUCACAUCGAAGACCGUAGUAACACUACUUUAUUUGUACCUGUCGAAGAGGAUAAAUUAUUGCACGGUGUCUGGGGAGAGUGGACCAUCUGGACCUGCAUGGAGAACUGCACUAUUUCCAGUUCCUAUAGAACAAGGCCCUGUUUGGACCCACCUGAAGGGCGAAAGUACUUCCGGUGUAUAGGUUACGCCUAUGACUUUGGUUCGCAUAUUGAAUGCAAGUAUUUCUGUUUCAUGAAUUGUUCUGAACAGAAAUGGGGACCUAACUGCGACAAGCCCUGCGGUCAUUGUCAAUCCAAUUGUGACAGACGCACUGGGAGGUGCACUGACUGCAGACCCGGUUAUCGUGACCCAGAGACGUCAUGCUUUGAAGAAUGUCCAGAGUAUACGUACGGCUUCCGGUGCCUUGGUGAUUGUGCAGAAGAGUGUCAUGGAUUGGAUUGUAGUGACAGGAAAAUUGGAACAUGUCAAGCUCCAGCCUUGUACAGUAAUCUUUGGUAUGGACUUCUUCUGCUGCUUAUUAUUCCUGUCUGCAUAGUUUUAAAAUCAAGAUAUCGAGGAAGAGCUAUGUACUCAAAAAGUGUCAAUCUACAUUUGUCUUCGAGCAGAGCAUAGCCAGUAUCUACAACUACAUGGACCUUGUAUAGAUCUAGCUUGGAUACGUCACCUCAGGGACUGUAGAGAUUAGAAUGCUAGACUACUGCAAAUAUUGCAAAGGGCAAGCAACUCCAUAUGUGGACCUUUAAUUAUUUUUGGCCCAACAUUUGACAUAUACUGCGUGUUACGGCCGUGUUCGAUUCAUAAAAGCAAUUCGUAAAAGGCCAUUUUUUGCGGUUUAUUUUUUGGUCUAUACGUGUAAUAAUUUUAUCACUGCUGAAUCUAAGUAACAAGGUCAAAAUAGAGCGUAAAAGUUAUAAUUAAUCAAUACUCUUAUUUGACUAGAAUAAAAUAUGUAUCUUAAAGAAGAUCAAAUUUUUGCGAAGGUCAUCUGUUUCUGUGUCCCAGAGUUAACGUGUGUGUUAUGUGGCCAGCACAACGACCAACUGCCUUUAGUUUUCCCCAAUAAUUGUCAGGUACCCAUAAGAGCUGGGUGGACUCAGAGGCGCCCUAAGUGUUCCGAAAUUAAAAUUCGACAUCUUCACCAGGAGUCGAACCCUGGACUCCCAGCCACCGAGCCUCAGUCUUCAUGUGCAGAAAGAACAAAAAUGUAUGAUUUGUGAUUAUAUUUUUUUUCAAU